AUGAACCUUAGUUUCCCUUUUGAGAUCGAGAGCGGAGACUCGAAGUUAGGUGCGUUCGCACAGCCAGAUUUUGGAUUCGGAAACUGUCCGCACGGUUGGUUGAAGAACAGUUCGUCAUGUUACCUUUUUGUGACACACGUCGAUAACGACUGGACGGAAUCACAGUACUUCUGUAGCAUGUUGGGUGCAAAACUCGUUGAGAUUGAGACGGACGAAGAGAACAAUUAUCUACAAAGUCAAGCACGAACAGCACACCAGCACGUAAAGUCCGGGUUUUGGAUUGGAGGGACGGAUGCUGUUAUUGAGGGGGAAUGGAUAUGGAUGAAGUCACAAGCUCCAUUCUCAUUCACUGAUUGGGCGCGUAACUUCCCCGACGAUUACGAAAGUAAUGAAGACUGCGCACACAUGUGGCCCGAAGUGGACUUCUCGUGGAAUGAUUCACAUUGUGACGAGAGAAUGAAUUUCAUCUGUGAAAAAGAAUUGGAAGAAACGCUUGUCAUUGGAUAAAAAAGAG